CUCGAUGGGACAUAGAUCUGGAACACGAGCUGCCGCUGCGCGAUUGAAUAUAUAAAAAGCGACUUAUGUUGAGAUCUACGCCAGGAUUGCCCGCGCACUUUUUUCGUUUCAACGUCACUGGCUAUUGGUGUAGUCACAACUCAGCUUGUUUUUAAGUAAGUUUUUACGAUUGCGCGCUUAUCGUUUUCAUAUUUUUCCAAAAAUGCCGAAUCCUGGUGGAAUUGAAUUUUUGGCUGAGCAGCCCGGUGUACUGUCGCCACGGCAUGGUUCUGCGACCGCGCUAAAAGUUGGAGAAAACGCACGAACUACCCUGUCAAACACGAUCGACCUCCAGUCCUGUAGCUGGAACAUCCGUCUUCGAGAGCUUAUGGCCGACGUGGCGGCUGCCGAAUAUGAGGACGCAGCAGGAGCGCCGGCAAGAAAACUAAGUAAGAACGAGGUGAAGCGAAGAGCGAGGGAGCUGCUGCGCGUGGAGCAGCGCGGCGCAGAAAGUGAAAGGCAGGAGCGAGGAGAUAAACGCGAGCUUUUUUAUGACCGGCAGGCAACAGGAAACGGUAAUGGAGACGGUAAAAUUUCCAGCUCUCCGUCCGCAAACUCGGCGGCAUCCGCUAGCAGCUCCUGCACCGAAAAGCUAAGCCCGCGGAAGAACAUUACCAAUGUCUGUGACGAAGCGCUGAAAAAGGCCGGUCACCCUUACGCUGAGCUGCUCGACGUCCACGCGCCGCUGCGCGGCAAGGAAAAAUUCCUCGGCGGGUCUCUCGGCGCUGACAACUGCAUCUACGGUAUUCCGGGACACGCAAAGCAGGUCCUGAAGAUCGACCCAGACACGGGGGAAACCAGCCUGCUCGGCGGCCCCUUCGACGGGGAAUUCAAGUGGCUUCGCGGCGUGCUGGCCAGCGACGGGUGCGUUUACGGCAUCCCGAGUCACGGGGAGUCCGUGUUGCGCAUUUUCACGUCCAAAACGAAUCAGCACCGGGAAAGGUACAACGAGGUGGAGCAGCUCUACCCCGACAGCGGGCCGAUGAAGGGGAUCUGGAAGUGGCACGGGGGAAUUCUUGGACAGGAUGGAAACAUUUACGGUGUGCCCUGCAACGCAGACCAGGUGCUGAAGAUCGACAUCCAGAAGAACGGGGAGAUUACCAUGUUCGGCGACAAAGACCUCCUGACACAAGGUACUGCUGUAUAGAGCGGACACGUUUGUCGAAGAGUCUGAAUCUACGAACACCUUCCUUAACGCAACGACCACCUACUAUAUAGUUUUUUUGUUCUUCUACUAACAUGCAGUCCAUCUGAUUCCUUGUAGCUUGUGCGAGUGCAGCACCAGCAUCAAAAUCAAUCAAGAUAUAUCUGAUCACAACAGACGCUGCGAAGUGGUACGGCGGGCAGAUGGCCCUUGAUGGCAGUAUGUACGCAAUCCCGCAGAACAGCAGUCGGGUGUUGCGCAUUUGUCCGAAAACCGAAUCGGUUUCCCUGAUUGGUCCGGACCUCGGCAAAAGCGGCUGGAAGUGGCACGGCGGCAACUUUUCCAGUGCCGACGGGUGCAUUUACGGGAUUCCCAACAACAACGACACCGUGCUGCGAAUCGACCCGCAGACCUUGUCCGUCUGCGAAAUCGGCGCCAACAUUCCGGGAGGACGGCACCGCGACGACGGCAAGUACAAAUUUCUCGGCGGCGUGACGGACGGUGCCGGAAACGUGUAUUGCAUCGCUGGAGACGCGGAUCGAGUCUUGAAGAUCGAAAUUUCCCAGAGGAAAGGAGCAAGUUCCUCGUCACAAGCCCCUGCAGUAGCUGAUCAAGCGCAUACCUCGCCCACCGAGAACAAAGGGAAUGUUGAUCAACCUUGGGUUACGAUUCUUUCGCAGCACGAGUUUGCCGAGAACAACACCAUCGUCACGCUGAAACUGGUCGGCGAGUCGCUGCAUGAAAAGUGCGGCAAGAAGGUGCAAAACAAGUGGCAGAACGGUUUUUUCUCGAAGAAAGACGGUUGCAUCUACGGCAUCCCCCUGAAGGCCGAGACGAUGCUGCGGAUCUGCACGGUGACCGACCAAACUUCCGUGGUGCAGAUUCCCGACCCCUGUCCGGGCGCAAGCUUCGUGCGCGAGGGCAACAACAAGUGGGAAGGCGGCGUUUUUGGUGCGGACGGCAGUGUGUACUGCAUGCCGUUACUUUGCAAGUACGUUCUGCGACUCGUCCCGGGAAAACAGCCCGCGGAAUAACUAAGUUGUACAACUACUAGUGCGACUUUUCACAUUGUUUCGAUAGACCCGAUGCCGAUCUUUCCAUGGAGCAUUGUUUUCGUUUGCCCUCACGAUCGCGAAGACGAAAGACGAUAAAGAUCCUUCUUUGAAUGUAGCAAAGACAGCGGCCAUGCUCUCUACAACAGCGACAGAU